AUGAAUCUAGCCGAUCCAGCCACAAGCCAGAACAAUACACCAGAUACAAUUCUAGGCAACAAGGUGCCACCGAAUAUUGGAUUUCCAAACAAGAUUGUAACCAGCAAAUACACUGUCUACUCAUUUCUCCCGGUAAAUUUCAUACAUCAAUUAUCAAAAGGCUCAACAUUUUUCUUUUUUAUAACAUUGAUUCUAAUGUGCAUCCCAAAGAUAAGUCCGUUCGAACCUUACACAUACAUUCUGGCCUUCUGUAUCAUUGUGGGUGUUUCUAUGAUUAAAGACGCCAUGGAGGAUUACAAAAGACACAAAGACGACGAUGUUAUUAAUAAAACAAUGGUAAAAAUUGUAAAAAUGGUUGAACGUGGAAAUCAAAAGAAAGCAUUUGAAAUCUCUGAAAAAUACUGCAUGGAACUAAAUCGGGGAGACUACAUUCUUGCUGAAAAAGACAUGGAAAUUCAAGCAGAUGUCGUUCUUUUGAGAAGUAAGAAACAUCAUAAAAACCGACUGGGAUGUGCAAACCAUUGCUACAUCGAAACAUCCAAUAUUGAUGGGGAAUCAAAUCUGAAGAAGAAAAGUGCUAUUACAUCUCCUCUUUGUGGGAGCUUGUCCAUAGACGCUUCUGACAAAUCUCUUGAGCUUUGUGGAUGUUGCGAAUAUUUUUUCAGAAAUAUUAACUCUUUCGAAUUGAAGGAUACUGGCGACUCAUUUAAUGAAUUUGAAUGCGACUUUAAUAUUGAAGGCAAGCUAUUGAUUGCAAACAUUAAAAACGUGCUUCUAAGAGGAUCGAUUUUGAAAAAUACUGAAAAUGCACUUUGCCUUGUUGUGGGCGUUGGCAGUGAUACAAAACAGUCAAAGAGUAUGUACAAAUCAAAGAAGUCAAAAACCUUGUUUGACCAACGGAUGAAUCUUAUUCUUAUUGCAGUCCUGAUGCUGUAUGCCUUCAUGUUGGUCAUUACAAGCAUUGUUGGAUCUUUGUUUCUUAUUUUCAACAAGGAGAAUGUCUACUUGAAUAUUUCUAAUAUAGGGCCUUCAAUCAUACAGCUAAUCUUUUCUAACUAUGUGCUUUAUACGUAUCUAAUACCGUUGAGCCUCUAUGUAAUUUUGGAAGUGGCUAGAUUCGUCCAAACAUUAUACAUUUCACAUGACAAAAGCAUGAUGGCGGGUGGAAAAGAAUCUAAAUGCAGAAACUCCAAUGCAAUUGAAGAUCUGGGUGUGAUAGACUAUAUUCUAACCGACAAAACAGGAACAAUAACUAAAAACUCAAUGACACUGAAGUAUAUUCAUGAGAAAAACAAAGAGAAUCUGUCGACGCCCAACGAUCUAUGCAGGAGUCUUUCAGUAAUUCUGACUGAUAAUACAGGAUGUGUCGAUAUGAAAGUCUUGGAAAAGCUUUUGUCGGAAGACUCUCCAAAAAGAGACAAGCUUCUUAUGAUUUUGAACAUGCUAGUAUGCAAUUCGGUUGAAAUUCUAAAUGGGAGGGCAGAGGGCAUUAGCCAAGAAGAGCUUUGUUUUUUAGAGUCCGUUGGCCAGCAUGGCCUUUAUUUAUGCGAGAGGGAUGAAAGCUUUGUCGUUGUCAAAAUAUUAGAUAAAAAGAUCAAUAUUAAUAUUGUUGGAACACUUGAUUUUACAUCCCGAAGACAGAGAAUGUGUGUGAUCAUAGAAAUAUUAGGACGAUUCUUUCUUCUGGAAAAAGGGUCUGAUUCGAUGCUGUUAGAGAAAGCCAGAGACUCAAGCAUACUCCAAAUUAUCAACUCAUCGACCGAUUACAGGUGUUUGGUUAUGAAAUAUAAGGAAAUGUCUCCGGAGGCUGCAGAGGAGUUUCAAGAGCUUUCAAAAAUAGAGCUAGAAAAUGAAGAUGCUAAAGACGACGAGAGAACUGACGAUGCAGAAAAUGACGUGCAUUUGGCAAACAACUUGUUACAAAGAAAGCAACAGUUAGAGGAAGAGAACUUUGAAAGGCUUGAAAAGAACACCAUAUACCUUGGUUCAACAUUUAUCGAAGACAAGUUGCAAGAUGAAGUGCAGGAAACAGUGCGUAUAUUAAAAGAAGCUGGCAUUAAGAUAUGGAUGAUUACAGGAGACAAAAAGGAGACUGCCAUCGCUUGUGCAAAAAACUCAUAUAUUAUUGAAAACAAUGAUUUUGUAGCUUUUGAUGGCAAACGAGUAUUGGAUUUGAUGGAAAGCUGUGUUGGAAAUGAAAGGCUAAGCCAAAAUGGCUCUUCCGUUCAAGGCAUGCAAGGACGUGAAAAGUGA